ACGUAUACCAAAUGGAAAAAUACAUAAUUCACUUUUUAUGAUUGACAGAAAUUUGAAACCGAAAGGAAGAAAUUGAUGGUAGCAGCAAUAGAUUUCGGGACAACCUUUUCCGGAUGGGCAUAUUCCUUUGAUUUUAAUCCGUCAAAAAUAUCCUGCAAGCAGUGGUGCAGUGGAAACAGUAUUUCUAUGAAAGCACCAACAUCAGUUUUAAUCCAAGCUGAUGGAAACACAUUGGAAGCGUUUGGUUACGAAGCUGAGGAAAGGUACGCGGAGUUAGCAGACGAAGAGAAACAUAGACCAUACUUUUACUUUCAACGCUUCAAGAUGAUGCUGUUUGACAACAAGCACCUGACAAGAAAUGAGGAUUUAGCAGAUGACAGUGGAAAACGUUUACCUGCAAAACGUGUAUUUACUAUGGUGAUUAAGUAUCUUAAAGACGAUUUAAUGGAUGACUCGAGAAAACGACUAACUGGCAUCGUAAAAGAGGAAGAAAUACAGUGGGUGUUAACUGUGCCUGCAAUAUGGACCCCACCAGCUAAACAGUUUAUGAGAGAAUGUGCUGUAGAAGCAGGUAUACGGUCACAAAAUCUGUUGAUAGCUUUAGAACCAGAGGCAGCAUCUCUGUAUUGUAAAUACCACAUGAUAGAGAAACAAGAUAAAGAAAAUCGCCGAGAGUCUGAAGUUGUUUUUUCCUUUAAACCUGGGGAAAGAUAUAUGGUUGUCGAUGCCGGAG